CAACACCAGCUCAGCUCAGCAGCGUCUGCCAGUCCAGUCCAGUGCGAAAAGAACUACCGAACGGAGGCGACAGGAUGGCGCCUCCACACUGCGAAAUCCGUUUCGAUGACAAUCCCCAGGGCGUCUACCACGGUGGACAGGUGCUGUCCGGUUCCGUGGAACUACGGUUAGAUAAACCCAAACUGGUCAAUGAUUUUAGACUGGUGAUAUCGGGAUGUGGUGAAGUUCGAUGGAGCGAGCGGAAAGGCAGAGACCGAAAAGUGACCUACACCGGAAAGGAGGAUCUGCUACGAGCCGAAACUAAACUGAUUGCGGAGAGUAAUUCCAACACCGAAAUACCUGCCGGCAUCCACGUGUACAACUUCUCCAGCCCAAUCCCCGUAAAUGUACCUACAUCGUUCGAAGGAGAGCACGGAAAGAUUCGGUACACGGUCCGUGCCAUUCUGGAUCGCCCGUGGAAAUUCGACCAAACAUGUACGGCGGCAUUCACCGUGCUGAAACCGUUGGACCUCAAUCAGCACAUCCUAAGUACCAAGGAACGUAAGAAGGAAAAACUAGUUAAAACCUUUUGCUGUUGGCCAUGCAGUUCGAACCCGCUACAUAUCGCAGUGGAAAUACCCGUAUCAGGGUACGUUCCAGGUCAGAAGAUCCCAAUCACAGUUGCGUUGAACAACACCAGCAGCACUUCGGUUGUGGGCAUCAAGAGCAGCCUCGAACGAAAGGUAUCCUACAUCAGUCAAUACCCAAGGGAGAAGACUCGAGUCGUCGGAAAAAGUCUAGCCAGCGUUUGGACCACUGUGACCCGUGACGAGGCUGCCAGUUACACCCAAAAGCUAGAGAUCCCUUCGGUCGCACCUACCGGGAAGUGUUCCGUUCUCGCCAUAGAAUACUUUCUGAAGGUGAAGGUGCACGUCGAUGGUUUGCAUUCGAAUCCGAAAGUUAAAAUUCCCAUAAUGAUUGGAACUAUUCCAUACGCGUUACCUCCAAUGAUGACGACGAAUGCCGCCGCCACACCAUAUAGCGGCGACAUUGGGUGGUCCGCUGACGUAGCACCAGACAUCCCCAGUGCUCCAGUACUGCCACCCUCUCCAACGGAUACUGAAGUACCUCCUCCAUCCUACGAGGAAGCCAUGCACGGAACGGCCAUCAACGUAAAUGACGAUGAACCGAACGCCAUUGGCUUUCAAGCGUUCAUCCCGAGGUAUCCGGUGUACAAAUUCGACAGUGCCAUGAACAAAUGAGUAUUGACAAUCUUAACCCUAGUAGGAUGUCGCGGUCAAUAUGACCCAGACAGGCAUAUUCGACGUGCUCUACUCCAGCGUGAUGCGCUUAGCAUAACAUCUUAGGAGGGUUAAACGUUAACUACAUACGAAGAAGAAAAGGUAAUGAUGUUAAGGAAAUCGUCAAUGAUAAAGCCGCUGAAAAACAGACGUAACAAAAGCUUUGUUUAUCGAUCACGUCUUCAACGAUCAAUUUAAAUAUUGUUAAUUUUACACUUCAAUAUCAGGGGUGUGCUCAGCAUUUUCAUUCAUGUUUGACAGUUUUAAACGUCAGCCUUCUGCUGGUAUUUUUAAACAGAAAACGUAAACGCACAGACAAACAGACGUAACACCUUGAACAAUUUUCAUGGAAAUCCAUCGCCCAGUUCACACUACCAUCACCUGGUGGAAAAGUUGCACGAAUCACUGUGUUGUGCAAUAUCGUCAACAGAAGGCGCUAGUGUGAAACGUCAAACGCAUAGAAAAACGAUGCGCGCGCCUCUGGUUGUGAAAGCCACAACUAUGAAAAUUUGAAAUGAUCGUUUAAAGCGUGGUCGAUGGAAAUUUCGCAAGUGUUACGUCUGUUUGUCUGUGGUAAACGUUUCAAAUGUACAAAUAUACCCAAGUGGCUUGUAUUUUUUUUUCUUGUACAACAAACUUUCUUCUAUAAAACCUAUGUAAUUUUAAAUAUUUCAGAAGCAUUUUAAGAAUCACUUCCACUACUUUGGCGAUUAUCAAUUCAACAUCUUUGCCAUUUUCAUGUUGCGUUAUACUGCAUAAAAAUCUUAGAAAUUUAAAGCUCAUUUUUUUACUUCAUUUAAUAAUAUAACAAUGAUUAUAUUAAAAAACUCGAAUCUCUUGACACAGGAACAAAUGAAUUUAUUUUA